AUGGGAAGGAGUUGGCCGGGCCCGUAUCUCUGUCACUGGCUGGUGCUGUCCGCUCUGGAGGCGGACUGCGCGGUGGUGGCCGAAACUGGCAGAGGUGGACGCCAGCGCCCGGCUUUGCUCGUUUCUACUUGAAGCUGUGAGUUCCUUUGGACAACUGAUGAUAUUUAUUAUUGUGCCCAGUUUCUGCAAAUGAAAAAUGGGUGGAUUAUUUUCUCGAUGGAGGACGAAACCUUCAACUGUAGAGGUUCUGGAAAAUAUAGAUAAGGAAAUUCAAGCAUUGGAAGAAUUUAGGGAAAAAAAUCAGAGAUUACAAAAAUUAUGGGUUGGAAGAUUAAUUCUGUACUCUUCAGUCCUCUAUCUAUUUACAUGCUUAAUUGUAUACUUAUGGUAUCUUCCGGAUGAACUUACAGCAAGACUUGCCAUGACACUUCCAUUUUUUGCUUUCCCGUUAAUCAUCUGGAGUAUAAGAACAGUACUUAUUUUCUUCUUUUCCAAGAGAACAGAAAGAAAUAAUGAAGCAUUGGAUGAUUUAAAAUCCCAGAAGAAAAAAAUACUUGAAGAAGUCAUGGAAAAAGAAACUUAUAAAACAGCUAAAUUAAUUCUUGAAAGGUUUGAUCCAGAUUCAAAGAAAGCAAAGGAGUUUGAGCCACCAUCUGCUGGAGCAACUGUAACUCCAAGACCUGGACAAGAGAUUCGUCAGCGAACUGCCGCUCAAAGAAACCUUUCUCCAACACCAGCAGGCUCCAGCCAGGGCCCUCCUCCGCAAAUUCCAGUUUCUCCUGGACCACCAAAGGACACUUCAGCCCCUGGUGGACCCCCAGAAAGAACUGUUACUCCAGCCCUAUCAUCAAAUGUAUUACCAAGACGUUUUGGAUCCCCUGCUACUUCAGUGCCUGGAAUGGGUCUUCAUCCUCCUGGUCCACCUUUAGCAAGACCCAUUCUGCCUCGAGAACGAGGUGCUCUGGAUAGAAUUGUUGAAUAUUUAGUUGGUGACGGUCCACAGAACAGGUAUGCCCUUAUAUGUCAGCAGUGUUUUUCUCACAAUGGCAUGGCUUUGAAAGAAGAAUUUGAGUACAUUGCUUUUCGUUGUGCCUACUGUUUUUUCUUGAAUCCUGCUAGAAAAACCAGACCCCAGGCUCCAAGACUUCCAGAAUUUAGUUUUGAAAAGAGGCAGGCAUUGGAAGGCUCAAGUACAGUUGGUUCCUUGCCCUCAGGAAAUGUAAUUUCAUCAGAGAACCAGAUCAAUGAAGAAUCUUUAGAAGAACAAGAUGUUCUAGAUAAUAGUACAGAACAGACAGAUGACAAAAUACCAGAUACAGAGCAGACAGACCCAGUGACUGAACAAGCAUCUGGCAUAGAGGAACCAGAGGAGAAACAAGAAGAGACCGAGAAUGAAGAAACCUCAAUGAGUGAAGACAAGUCCACAGUUCCCAGAGCUGAUGCUGUUCCUAAUCCUGAACUAAGUGGAGAAUCUUUGACAAUGUAGUAAAUGCUUCCAUGUGCCUUCAACUGGAUAUUUGUAGUCUUGCUGAUGUCAGUUAUUGCUUUUUAAGGUAGUGCUUUCUUUUUUUUCGCCCCCUCAAAGACAUGCUUGGUAUCAUUUGAAUUUCAGAUUGCCUAGCUAUUUCAAUAUGUCAAAGUUAUGUCUACUGGGUAUUAAAAUUAAAAGCAAAUGGUGUCAGUAAAGUAAAAUCCUUUUGAAUGUACAGAAACCCACAAUGUUUAGACAACGUUUAGGUAUUUUUUUCUGUUCUAAAAGUAAACAAAUAUAACAGAAGUUUUGUUUUCUACUUGUGACCUGUAAAUACAUUUGGCAUAGGAAGAACCUUGGUUAGGAAUAAGUUCUAAUAGCGUUUGUUUUAAGGAAUGAAAGUCAAUUAAGAUUUUUAAUACUUCAUUAUUAAAAUGGAUAGAAUUUUAACUCUUGUGAUAUUUGCCGGGGGUAAAAUAUCUAUUUAGGCAUUUACAUCAAGAGGUAUGAAAGUUAUUACAGUAACAAUAUAGGCAUUUGUGUGAAUUCUUACAGUUGAACAGUCAAGUGCAGUGUUACUUUUGAUGUCUCUUAUUUUGCAGCUGGGCCAGAGGUACCUGAUGUAUAUAAUUAGCUUAUGUUUACAUAUUAACAUAUAGGAAAUAUCUCUGCACUUGACUGUACUUGAAUUUUGAACAUUAUUUAUAUUUGUAAAAUAAUACUGAUAUUAUAAAUGAAUUUUGUGCUCUUAUGUGUAUUUUGUUAAGGAAAAUAAAGAUGAUCUGGCAGCAAUUUCUUUUUGUUAAAUAUCUAGACUACUUCAGACAAUAUCUUGGUAGAUGACUUAGGUACCUGAAAAGUCUUAGUAGGAAGAGCUCACAAUUCAGUAAAUCUGUAAAUUAUGCUGAGACAGAAUUAUGAUCCUUUUAUUCAAAUUUGUUACCUUUCAAGUUCAGAGAAUUAGUGACAUUUAGAGUUUCUAAUCAGAGGUUAGAUUUUUCUGAUUCAGGAAAACCUUAGGCCAUUUGUAGUUUUUAAUUUUGAGAGACAUAGUUUUGUGAGAAUAGGCAGUUAAUUACUAGUAGUUCAUUGGAUUUAAUAUGUGUAUUAAAGACUAACUGGCAAUUUUUUUGACCCAGAAUAAUAAUUAUUGUUGUUAUCUUUUCUAUCUUCUUUUUAUCUAUUACUAAGAAAAAACUAUCAAGUUAUGCCAAAGGAAGGAAUAUACAGGAAUGGUGUAUAUGGCAAGUAUUUCUAAGUUAUAUAUGGUUUGUUAAAAAUUAAAUAAAAUACCAUAUGUUAUUUAAAAAUUCACCUUUAUGAUUUAAUAUCUUAUAUCUGAUAGGUUUUUUAAAGGAACACAAAUAUGUUAAUAGUCUGAGAGUUUUCAAGAUUACAAGAUUGGGCUUGAAUUCUAGCUCUGCAGUCUUGGGCAAGUCACCUGACCUCACUGAGGUCAUGUUUUUUCAUCUUUAAAAUUGGAAGAAUGCCUACUUUUUGGAGUAUGAGGACAAUAAAAAGUAAUUUAUGUAGUGGGCCUAGCUGACUGUCUGAUAGUAGAUAUUUAUACUUUUGAUAUCUUUGUGAAAUGUGGAAGGGCUCUGAAUUCUUCUUGCAGAUAAGGAAAUGAAAAAAAAUAUGAAAUAUAAUUUGGCCGAUCAGAAUCAAGCCAAAGUUUUCUGAUAGGUUUUCUUUAUCAUAUACAUGUAUAUAAAUGCAUAGAUUAAGGCAAUAGGAACCUGAAACUGUGGAAUAUAAUAAUACUAUAGAAUAUAGUCUUUUUUUCUUUUUUGAUGAAGCUGAUCAGUUUUUUUGGUGUGUGUGUUAUUGGCCCAUAACACUUGAGUAACACUUUGCUCAGUCUUCUUGUUAUAAAACAUUCAAAUUCUGAAAAAUGAGUAAUCUCAGAGAAAUAUAAUUUAGUGAUAGAAUUAAGUAGAUAUCAGAAGUAUCUAUGGAAGAAGGUUAAAAUAGGUAAAUUAAUAUAAUGGGUAACAUGCUGUAAUCAUGUAGUACCUAUUAAAAUUAAAAAGUUUCUUCUGAUAAUAAACAAUUAAUGGUUGAAGAA